AGAAUUGCCAGGCUUGUAUGUUUUUUUUUGUGCAUUCACUAUUUGCUGAUCUUGUAUCAUCUUGCUGCUCAGAGAUGUAUAAGUUAGCUAUUAUUGAUAGUUAAAUGAUUGUGUGUGUGACUCUCAAUGUAUGAAUGUGGUGUGUGAUGCAGUCAGACGUAAUCCAAAAUUCUGAAUAAACGCCCAUCUAUCUUUCUUUGUAGACUUGCCUAAUGAUAUCUCACCUCUACUCCCAUGAAUUCACCUUUGAUUCCAGUGUGAACUGUGAAAAAAAGUAAGGUAGUAAUUGCGCAAUGUAUUGAUGUACUGUGAUCCCCCUAGGACAAAAAGAGCCUCAUCUUAGAACAUCCUAUCACCUGUUCGGUUGCAACAAGGGCGAGAUGUGUGACAGAGGUGGCAUCGAACUCUUACAUUCCAAGAAGGAAAAUGGGUGAAGAUCACUGGACUGGCACCAACCACAGGAUCUCUUUUAGUGGCUGUGGGCCAAGCAUGGCCUCAGUGGGCUUAGGAACAGAUAGUGGUAUUGGUACGACAAAGCAGGAGGGGUGGGGUUGAGAUGACCAAAUUGUUACCAUGGCUUACUGUAGCAUGCCAAAAUGUUAGAUACUUUCCCCCAUACACCUUGACUUUUGGUUGGAUUGAGUACUGUACAAUAUGUAGUUAUAACAGUGGGGGGGGAUGGGGGUGGAACUCUACAGGGGCUGUAGAUGGACCCCCUUAGAUACUUCUCCAAACAUAUCAGUAAUGUUAACAGUAUUUUUACUAAAUGAAUAUAUUCUGUAUUUUCUUGUUCCCUCCCCUUACCCCUGACGACUUGCAAUGUUUCCUCUACGUCCUCAUGAUGUUCUUCUAUCGACCCUGCUUAGGAUGAGAUCAAGUCCUCUAGCGCUAAUGGACAUGAGGAGCGCAGUAGUAAGAAGAAAAAGAGGAGCCACAGUAGGAGUAGUCGGAGCCCGAGCUCUGGCAAGCGCAGAAGCAAGAGCAAAGACAGGAAGAAGAGCCGGGACCGGAAGAGGAGCAAGAGUCGGGAGAAGAAACGCAGCCGCAGUAAGGAGCGCCGCCGCAGUGGCUCCCAUAGCAGGGAGCGUGCCGGGCGCUACAGAGGACGCCGCAGCCCCUUUUUGGGGCCGAAAUUUAACGGUGGUCCAGGAGGGAAGAUUGGCCCACCACAUGCCAACAAACUAAGUCGUAGGCGCUCAAGAAGUCGUAGUCCCUUCAAGAAAGACAAGAGUCCAGUAAGGCAACCAAUUGACAACCUGACCCCAGAGGAGAGGGAUGCCCGUACUGUGUUCUGUAUGCAGCUGGCAGCCAGAAUCCGACCACGAGAUCUGGAGGACUUCUUCUCUGCUGUGGGGAAAGUGAGAGAUGUGAGGAUGAUCUCUGACAGAAACUCCAGGAGGUCAAAGGGUAUCGCCUACAUUGAGUUUCUGGAGGCGAAUUCAGUCCCGCUGGCCAUUGGCUUGACUGGACAGAGACUUCUAGGAGUGCCCAUCAUUGUCCAGGCCUCUCAGGCUGAGAAGAACAGAGCAGCAGCAAUGGCCAACAACCUUCAGAAGGGUAAUGCUGGCCCCAUGCGGCUGUACGUGGGCUCUCUGCACUUCAACAUCACAGAGGACAUGCUGCGAGGCAUCUUCGAGCCUUUCGGAAGGAUUGAGAGCAUACAGCUGAUGAUGGACAGUGAAACUGCACGAUCCAAAGGAUAUGGUUUCAUCUCAUUUGCAGAUGCAGAGUGUGCUAAGAAAGCACUGGAGCAGCUGAAUGGCUUUGAGCUGGCCGGACGGCCCAUGAAGGUUGGUAACGUGACAGAACGCACCGACUCCUCCACCGCCAGCUCCUUCCUGGACAACGACGAGCUGGAGAGGACGGGCAUCGACCUGGGCACCACCGGGCGCCUGCAGCUCAUGGCCCGGCUGGCAGAGGGUACUGGUCUUCAGAUCCCUCCAGCUGCACAGCAGGCUCUACAGAUGAGUGGUUCCAUGCACUCGUCUUCAAUCCACUUCGGCAACAUGGCAGCUGGUACAGACAUACAAGCCAGGCUGAACCCACCCCCUGAAGCUAUUGCCAACCCUGCCCUGAACCUGGGUCCAAGCAUGAACCAGGCCAUGAACCUCCCAACUCAACCACUGGCUACACACUGCCUACAGCUGUCCAACAUGUUCAGCCCACAGUCGGAAAAUGAGCCUGGUUGGGACAUCGAGAUUCAGGAUGACGUCAUGGAGGAGUGCAACAAACAUGGUGGAAUUGUCCAUAUAUACGUCGACAAAAACUCCCCUCAGGGCAACGUGUACGUAAAAUGCCCCACUAUCCCAACAGCGAUGGCUGCAGUGAAUGCCCUACAUGGACGGUGGUUUGCAGGUAAAAUGAUCACUGCAGCGUACGUACCCCUCCCAACCUACCAUAACCUUUUCCCUGAUUCAGUAACGGCCACCCAGCUACUGAUGCCUUCGCGGCGAUAAGUCUGCCAUGCAUGGAGUAGAUGUCGCAACGCCUGUGGGCUUUAACAAUGUACAUAAUGUUUGCUAAUAUGUUGGGAACUUAUUUACCAGAGUAGCAAAAUACUGCACCAGUCCACCCAAUCUUCAUUCAGAAAUACAAAAGGUUUUGAAGGAUAUUUGUUUUAUUGUUCAAUCUGACAGCCAUCAGGCUGAGCUUGAGUUCUGUAUCCGCACAUUUCUGUAGGUGCACUUGAGCAAAUUACGUUGUGCGUUUCAACCUGCAUUGCGAUAACGAGUUGUUAUACAGUGGAAAGUGGGUACUAAAUAGAUUUAAGUUGAAACUGACCACAAAAGAACCCAUUUUGGGGACAGCCCUACCUAAUUAACCUCUGAUUCUAAGUGCAGUUUGCUCUGUCCUCAUCCAAUUACCACUUAUUGUACAUUUUGUCAUUCAGUUGUGCUUUAGAAAUUGAUUUGCCCGGUAAGUUUUUCAGUUAAUGUGUUAAAUGAAAAGAACAAUGCCUACAAACACCCCAAAACAGAUCUAUUUUUUGUUGUUAACAACUUAUAGGUAUUCAUUGUGUUUGAGAUCACUGAGUUUUUAACAUUUGUAAUCAAGACUUGAUUUUGUAAAAACUCUUGAUUUAAAAUCAAAAUAAGUGAUUUGGGUGGUUCAAUGUGAUGUGCAUUUUGUCUUGUUGACAUUGGAUUGUUUCAUCUGGAAUGAAGGGGGAUGUGAAAUAUGUGUUUGUAAUAAAAUCCUAGUUUACAGCA